UCAGUAGAAGCUGAAUUCACGGAAGCUGUUAAUGCACCAAAUUAGCGUAUCUACAGUUUAACAGCAUAUACUUUGCGCGACCAACGUUCUUUGAUAUUGUAAGGAAACAAAAACCCGACGACCUGUGACUGGCAGUUCCCUGUAGAUGAGUAACCUCUGUUUAGCAUUGUGUUUCAUUAUUAUUUCGAAGCAAAUUCAAAUUGACUGACUACGAGAUGCUUUUGACGACAGUUUAAGAUUGCAGCGGUCAACUUUGCGACUACUAAUUGUGUUACUGCUUCAGUGUCAAUGACCACAGUUAUUAAUAAUUUAUUUCAGGAGUUGUAUGUUUUUGAUUAGAUAGCAGUAUUUAUUUAUUUAUUUUCCCUUUAGUAGCUUUUGAGCAUAUUUUUUUCUAAUUCAGCCUGUCACCCAGAGGCAACGAUAGUUGCAAUGGAAGGAUGCUGCAUGCUGUGCACUGUCCUUGGGACGAUUUUGGUGGCCUUCUCUGGAAUCUUGGUCUUUGCGUCUUACAAGCUCGGGUUGCUCUAUCAGUUCUUCCACAAGACAGAGCCAAAGAGUCCCUGCCAUGGUGGAGAGAGUGUGGCUGAAGUAUUGCGGGCUCAUGGUGUCAAGUUCAUCUUUACACUGGUAGGUGGUCACAUUUCCCCAAUUCUUGUGGCCAGUGAGAAAUUAGGCAUCCGGAUCGUAGACACACGUCAUGAAGCCACAGCCGUUUUUGCUGCUGAUGCUGUUGCUAGACUGUCAGGAACAGUUGGGGUUGCUGCAGUAACUGCUGGGCCAGGGUUGACCAACACUGUAACAGCAAUAAAAAAUGCUCAAAUGGCAGAGUCCCCUAUCCUGUUAUUAGGUGGAGCUGCAGCAACCUUGCUUCAGGGCCGUGGAGCGCUUCAAGAUAUUGAUCAGAUGUCUUUGUUUAAAAGUCUAUGCAAAUUCUGUGCCUCAGUCCGAACAGUCCGAGAAAUCAUUCCAGUACUUAGAAAAGCUAUAGCAGUUGCCCAGUCAGGGACACCAGGUCCAGUUUUUGUGGAGCUGCCAAUUGACACACUAUACCCCUACCACCUUGUUGAAAAAGAAGUUGCACCCAAAACUCCACCCAAAGGGCUUAUUGGAAAGGUUAUCAAUUGGUACCUCCAGAAUCAUUUAAGCAACCUGUUUGCUGGAGCCUGGGAACCAAGAGAUAUUUCACCACUUCCUGUUCAUAUUCCUCAAGCUACAAAACAACAGGUACAGGAGUGUGUGGAGAUAGUUAGCAGAGCAAAGAAGCCCCUCAUACUCCUUGGUAGCCAAGUGACCCUGCCUCCAGUACCUGCUGACAAAACUAGAGAGGUGCUUGAGACUCUAGGCAUUCCUUGUUUUUUGGGGGGCAUGGCACGUGGAAUGCUGGGAAGAGAAAGCCCCAUCCACAUAAGGCAAAACCGCAAAGAAGCCUUAAAAGAAGCAGAUGUGGUUAUCUUGGCAGGAACUGUAUGCGAUUUCCGAUUGGGUUAUGGUCGUGUCUUAAGUCGUCACAGUAAAAUAAUUGCUGCAAAUCGAGAUCACUCUCAACUCCUGAAGAAUUCAGACAUGUUCUGGAAGCCUUGUGUAGCAGUUCAAGGGGAUGCUGCCUCCUUUCUUUUACAACUUUCUGAGGGUUUGAAAGGCUAUCGGUGUCCACUGGACUGGCCACAAAACCUUAAGGAACGAGAUAUACUUAAAGAGAAGUCUAACAGAGAGAGAGCAGCUGAGAAGACAGAGCGACAUCUCAAUCCAUUGAAGGUGCUGCAUCUUGCUGAUGAGCUUAUUGCAGAGGACAGCAUCAUUGUGGCAGAUGGUGGUGAUUUUGUGGGGAGCGCUGCUUAUAUCAUGAAGCCUCGUGGACCUUUGCGUUGGUUAGACCCAGGUGCAUUUGGAACUUUGGGUGUCGGUGGAGGUUUUGCUCUGGGAGCAAAACUCUGCAGGCCAGAAUCAGAGGUCUGGGUUAUUUAUGGUGAUGGGUCACUUGGAUUCAGUGUUGCUGAAUAUGACACCUUCACUCGUCACAAGACACCAGUAAUUUCUCUAGUGGGAAAUGAUGCCUGUUGGAGCCAAAUCUCUCGAGAGCAGGUUCCUCUUCUAGGAAGCAAUGUUGCUUGUGGACUUGCCUUCACAGAUUAUCACAUAGUGGCAGACGGUUAUGGAGGUAAAGGCUAUCUGGUCAGCUCCAGUGAGGAACACAAACUGGAUGAAAUUAUAAAGAGUGCCCAGCGGGACAACCGAGAGGGACGUGCUGCACUCAUUAAUGUCCUAAUAGGAAAAAGUACUUUUAGAGAGGGCUCCAUCUCUGUGUAGAGUUCCUGGUAGUCAUGUUUUUAUUUUUAAUUUUGUUCACCUAUCUCAUUCUUUAGCUUUGUUGUUAAUGUGAUUGUUUAAAAAGGAAUAUACUGAAGCUGCAUCUGAAAGAGUUUUUAAAAUGAAUGGCUUAUUUUUAAAAUGGUUUAAAUUACAGUCCCGGUUAAGUUUUUUAGGUGCUAUAAUGUUCACAUCUUGCAGCAGAAUCUUGUUUCUUUGUAAAUGGGUUCAUUUUCAAUUGUAGCACAUGUGCUUGCAUUCGAAAGCACACAUGCACUUUAGGCAUAAAUAAAAAGCACUAUUCAUCGUG